AAAACGCAUCGUUUUGUUUAAAUAAAAGUUAAAAAAGUAAAAACACGUUUUGAUAUCUAUUGUGUUGUGGUUCUCUUUUGUUGCGAAGACCAGACUCUCUCGGAUUCGGAGAUGGCAGCACGUUACUGUACAUCCCUGUUUGUAGCGUUGUCAUGUCUUCUCAGUGUUUCUUACGCUAGUCCCGGCGAUGCUGAUCCAAGUUACAGGGCAUGUGUUAGAGAAUGCGAGGAAAGCGGUUGCGUUGGACAGUUAUGCUUUCCUCAGUGCAACUCUUCGUCGUCCAAAGGUGGUCCAUGGUACACACAAGAGCCUCUGUAUCUACAAUGGCAAAAGUGGGGCUGCCAAGGUGAUUGCCGUUAUCACUGUAUGGUUAACAGAGAGAAAGAACGCGAAACUCUCGGUCAUUCCCCACUCAAGUAUCAUGGUAAAUUUUUCAAGCGUCUCCUUGGGAUCCAGGAGCCUGCUUCUGUUGCUUUCUCCGUGCUAAACCUAGCCAUGCAUUUCCACGGCUGGCUCUCCUUCUUCGUUACGCUAUACUAUAAGUUGCCUCUCAAACAAGACAAGACUGCUUACUAUGAGUACGUCGGUUUGUGGCAUAUCUACGGUUUCGUGUCCAUGAACUCUUGGUUCUGGAGUGCAGUUUUCCACACUCGGGAUGUUGACAUCACAGAGAGGUUGAACUACUCAUCUGCGAUAGCCGUUCUUGGAUUCUCACUCAUUGUAUCCAUCUUAAGAACCUUUGAUGUUCGGGUCGAGGCUUCAAGAGUCAUGGUAUCUGCUCCAGUACUAGCUUUUGUCACCACCCACAUACUCUACAUUAACUUCUACAAACUCGACUAUGGUUGGAACAUGAUUGUGUGUGUGGCCAUGGGAGUAGCUCAGCUUCUCCUAUGGGCAAGAUGGGCUGCUGUCUCUAGACAUCCUUCUAACUGGAAACUGUGGGUUGUUGUGAUAGCUUCAGGCUUAGCUAUGCUUUUGGAGAUAUAUGACUUUCCUCCAUAUGAUGGCUAUUUCGAUGCUCACUCCAUUUGGCAUGCUGCCACGGUUCCUCUUACCGUUCUCUGGUGGAGUUUUAUUAGAGACGAUGCUGAGUUCAGAACUUCCAGUCUUCUCAAGAAAUCUAAGACAAAGGCGAAGUGAGAUUUGUCUUUAAUGUUUUUUCAAUGUUUUUUAUUCAGAGAAUUGUCUUGGCUUUGGUUUUGAGAUCAGUUGAGUUUUUGAUAUUAGUUUCUCAUUUAUUACACACGCUUUUGUCUAUCUUAUUGGAGUCUAGACUUUUGUUCAUAUUAUGAGAAAAUCUUGUGAUCUA